AUGGAAGCAUUACGUCUUAUAUUAAUAUUUUUUCAUACUUUAAUAAUGAUUUUUGCGGCAAUUAAUUUACAUCCUCAUUUAUCUCUUGCAUCAAAUGGAAAAGAUCGUCAUAAACAAAUGAUAGCAGUUAUUCAUUAUAUUACGAAUUUAUGUGUUAUUUUAUUAUAUCAUGUUAGUAGUAUUAUAGCUGUAUGGUAUAGUCGUCGUUUUGGUGUUGGUAUGGUACAAGCAAGUGGAGUUUUAUUAAUUGGUGAAAUGUUACAAGUAAUGACAACAGUUAUUCAACAAGCAUUAGAUACACAUCGUCUGGAAAAUGAAGAACUUGUCCUUAGUGUAUUAUAUCAUUUAAUAUUAUUGCUAGCAGCUGUACUUACAUUUCGUUUAGCUGAAAAAAUUUCGAGUCAUCAAAAAGAUCCAAUGCAAAUCGAAUUAUUUCGUGAUAUGAAUAUAAAUAUGGAUGCUAGUCCUGAACCUACAUUUAUUUGA